GUUACUAUUUAUCAAAUUGGGCAAUUUGUAAAAGAAGCAUAUUUGUCAGCUUUCAGUCCACAUAAUAUAACAGCAGGAUUUUUGAAAACAGGAAUUUAUCCAUUAAAUUCUAAUAUAUUUAGUGAAGAAGCAUUUUUAUCUUCAUAUGUGACUGAUAGACUUGAUCCGCAGUCAAACGAUGGUUUGAACUUGUAUAAGGAAAGUAUGGAAAGAAACACCUCCAUCUUCUACAAAAUCGCUUGAAGCUGGCGAAGAAAAUGAGCUUCUAAUAGAUCAGAAUAUCAGACUCUCUCACCGUUCAACCUCCACCCCCACGGCUGCAAAUCCGAGUCAACGAAUUAUAUCACCGGAGAUGAUAAGACCAUUUUCUAAAGCGGGGCCAAGACAAAACACGAAACGAAAUAAUAGAAAAAUGUCAUCUGCUAUCGUAACCGACUCUCCCCAAAGGAAAAAAAUAGAGGAGAAAGGGUAUAGUGCAAAGAAACCAAAAGUUACUGUUAAGAAAAUGACCACAAAAGACUCCAUAAAAACGCUUAAAACAAAAUCAGAAAUAAAUAAAGAAAAUUCCGUUCUGCAAGAUGAAUCUGAUUCGUCUGACUCUAUCGUAUUGGCUGAAUUAAAAACAAAGGGUGUUCGAAGCAAAAUAAACCCAUAG